AGAACUCCUCUUCCGGGCGGUUCCUAAAAAGCCUCCUUGCGCUCUUCUGGAGGCGCACUGACGCGCGCUUCUCCUCGUGGUGGACUUUGGGACUUUGUUCUUCUACUUUCUGAGAUGUCUGAGCCGCUGCGGCUCCUCUUCCUCCUCCUCCUGGGUUGCUCCGAGCUCCUCCCGGCGGCGGCAGCCUGGGACCUGGUUCUCCUGCACACGAACGACGUGCACGCCCGGGUGGAGGAGACCAGCAAACGGUCGGGGACGUGCAGCGGCGGCUCCGCCUGCUUCGCCGGCGUCGCCCGCAGAGCCACAGCCGUUAAAAGGCUCCGCGCCACCGAGAACAACGUGCUGCUGCUGGACGCCGGGGACCAGUUCCAGGGAACCGCCUGGUUCCACUUCUAUAAGGGCGCAGAGGCUGCGCACUUCAUGAACAAGCUGGGCUACGAUGCCAUGGCUUUUGGGAAUCACGAGUUUGACAACGGCGUGGAAGGACUCAUGAAACCGUUCCUCCAGGAAAUAAAGUGUACCAUCCUCAGCGCCAACAUCAAAACAGACAAAAGUCUGGAGUCGACUUUUGGCACAACUUAUUUACCGUACAAGAUAUUUACCAUUGGCAGAGAGAAGGUGGGCGUAGUGGGAUACACAUCACAGGAAACCUCAACUCUGUCCAAACCCGGACCGCAUCUUCAGUUCCAGGAUGAGGUGGCGUCACUGCAGCCGCAUGUGGAUAAGCUGCUGACGCUUGGAGUCAACAAGAUCAUUGCUUUGGGUCAUUCUGGGUUCGCUGUUGACAAGAAGAUUGCCAAAGAAACUCACGGCGUUGACGUUGUGAUUGGCGGACACACCAACACGUUCCUGUAUACAGGUCCAUCUCCUUCGUCCGAGGUCCCGGUGGGUCCUUAUCCGUUUAUGGUCACGUCAGACGACGGGCGGCAGGUUCCUGUGGUGCAGGCCUACGCCUUCGGGAAGUAUCUGGGUAAUCUCAAGGUGACGUUUGAUGAUGCUGGAAACGUGGUGAACGCCACAGGAAAUCCCAUCCUGCUGGACAGCAGCGUCCCACAGGACCCAGAUGUUCUUGCUGAUGUGGAGGAAUGGAAGAAGAAUCUGGCCAACUACUCAUCUCAGGUGGUGGGAAAGACGCUGGUUUUCCUGAACGGGACUUUUGAAGAGUGCCGCUUUCGGGAAUGCAACCUGGCAAACCUAAUCUGUGACGCCAUGGUUGACAAUAACAUCAGAUAUUUAGACAGACAUCAGUGGAACCAUGUCGGUGCCUGUAUCUUUAAUGGAGGUGGCAUCCGCGCGCCAAUUGAUGAACAUAGCAGGAAUGGUUCCAUCACCAUGGAGGACUUGAUUGCUGUGCUGCCAUUUGGAGAAACCUUUGACCUGUUGCACAUUAAAGGAUCCACAUUGAAGAAGGCUUUCGAACACAGUGUGCGGCGAUACGGCCAAGGCACCGGAGAAUUCCUACAAGUAUCUGGAUUACAUGUUGAGUUUGAUUUGUCCAAACCUCCAGGGCAGCGUUUGACGAGUCUCAGCAUCCUGUGCACGUACUGUCGCGUUCCUCGCUUCGAACCCGUGGAGGAUGACGUCGUCUAUAAGGUGGUUGUUCCAUCGUAUUUGGUGAAAGGUGGAGACGGAUUCUUCAUGUUAAAGGAUGAGCACGUGAAACACGACAGCGGGGAUUUGGAUAUUUCAGUUGUGUCCAGUUACAUCAAGGACAGAAAAUGGGUUUAUCCUUCAGUUGAAGGACGGAUCAUACUCCACAACGUUCCAAGAUCUUCUAGCUUGGGACUGCUGGGAAAAACCAGCUCACUGCUCCUGCUGGUUUCACUGGUGUUGCUCUGGACUGUUUGACCAGGACACAGACUGUGGACUGAACCGGGACUAAACAUGUUUUCUGAUGAAGUUCGACAGUCAGGCUCCAGGAAAAAACAAAACUUGAGUUCUGACACCUGGUUCUGGUGUUUUUUGGGCCAACUGCUGCAGGCGAAUUAACCAUUGGUCAGGAAAUAAUGAAUGCACAUUCUGUUUGUGUCAGAAUUCCAGUGUGCAAAAAUUUGAAAACAGAAUUUUUCCCUGAAUCCCGUCCGAUCCUGAUGGAUGCUUCUGAAACAACGCCUCCUCUGUGGGCCAACGUUCGCUGUCCUUAAAGAAUCUGAGAAACUAAAGAUUAGUCACUUCUGGCAGCGGUGCCUCGGGAGAGUGUUGGCAGCCACAUGGGAGUCCCGUGGAAACUUAGUGCUGCGCUUCCUGUCUGCAGGCAUUGGUGAAGACAGAAAUACUCUGCAGAGUUUUAACAAAUCAACACGGGUCAGUGUUCCCAAAAAAGCUGUGAAUAUAUUUUCAUCACACCAAGUGAUACGCAGGGGCCUGGAAUGUAAAUUCUUCAAGAUUUUUUACCGCGAUAGUGGACAAAGGUCACCGAGAGACAGAGUUCUGUAUUAAUUUGAUCUUAAUCUUUACUUGGGAGCAAAAACAGGGAAAAGUGAGGGUGGUUGGGAUAUAACUGAGCUAUAGCAGAAGAGCCAGAAGGUUUGUUUUUUUUUUUCUCUUUUUUUUUUUAUCUCCAGAAAAGGUUGGAAACUUGCAGUUCUGAAUCACAGCUGGUUUUGGUCGAACAUAGCAAGAGUCCCAAGUUGUUUUUUUUUUUUUGUUUUUUUUUUUCAUUUUUUCAUCUGUACAAAAAAAAAUUGAAUCCACAUGAAUCUUUGGCAUGAAAAGAUAUUUGAUUUUGGACCCAUUAUUUUAAACAGUACCACAAGCUGUAUAGUUUUAACUGUAACUUGACCAAAAAUCCUCCAAAAAGAAUUCAUCUACUCUCCCGUGUUGUCUGAAAAUUCCUCAGACAUUGGAAGCAGUGUUUCCUCUCAAACAGCAGUGGGAAAAUACCAUUAAUCCUGGACUGGAAUUAAAAACAGGAGUUUAUAACAUUUCAUCCUCAUCAACUCUUGUUUACACUAAAGCCACUGUGGCAUUCCCUUUGGAAGUCCAGAUGCUUUCCAGAUGGAUUCAUGGAUUCCGAUCUGAUUUUCACACAGUAGGAAAAGUUCCUGACCAUGUCUUUCCAGUCAGGAAAACCCAGUAGGAAUAAUGUAAUUAUUAGGUUUUUCUCAUAUAGUCUUGCGUUAAAGUUUCACUCUAUUUCAAAUUGCAAAGUGCAAAUGGCACAUACUUAAUACGGCAACACCAUAAAUAAAUCUUUAUUAAUAGUUCAUAAAUAUCCACAGGAAUGUUGAGGCGGAGGUUUGGGAAAACUGAAUAUUGCACUUCUGGGAUGUAACCGGCAAACAUUCAACUCGUCUGGUUCACUCGUCUGCACGGUCUGCUGUGGGCGGGGCAGCAACUAGUAAACACAAAACAUCAGAACUCACUCAGUUGAUCGUGAUCGCCGGACUUUGUACUCUGGGGGGGAAAAAGUCAAAACAGGCCUGUCAUUAAAUCAGUUUUUCUAUUAAUGUUCAUAAAUCUUGUUACACAGAUUAAAAUAAAACUGUUGAAAAGGAACGUGGCAUCAGUCAGCCAUUAGCUACAUUAGCGGCAGGAUUACGGCGGCUCUCAAUCACUUUGAGACUGAUUAAAGGAAAAAGUGAAUUUUUACAAUAUUUAGUAUUUACAAAAUUUUUCAGUUUUUCUGUUUUUUUAACAUAAAUGUUUUAUCAUGCAAGUCAAUAUUUAAUUUGGGGUUUUUAUGUAUCGUGUAUUUUUAUUACUGGCAUUUAUUCUUUUAUUAUUCAAGUUUAUUUCAGUCAGUGCUUUGAGUCUUCAGAAAGUUCUACAUAGUCAUAAUUACUAUUAUUAAUAACAACCGUGUGAAUUUUUGGUAUAGAAGUCGCACCGGAGUACAAGUUGCAGGGCCUCCCAAACGAAUAUUAAAAAAAAAACAAAAAAAAAAAACUGACCUACUCUAGAAAAUACAGUAAAUGUAAAAAAAAAACACAAACCUCUGCUGUUAACGUGCCCCAAAAAAGUUAAUUUUAGGCUAAUUAAAAUAUCUGCACAAUAAGAUACGCAUCUGUUGGCAAAAGUUUUUUUAUGAUUUCACCCCCCCCCCCCCCUUUUUUUUGGUUUACAUUUCUUGUAAAUUGUUUGCUAGUAUGUAUGUAUGUAUCUAAGUUGCUUUUUAUUCCUUUUCUGUUUUCUGUACAGUGUUUUUAUUUUAUAAAUUGUACUAUGGCACAGUCGGAGAAGACCAGGAAAUAUUUCCAGCUGUACAAACUGUCUGUGAUUGGAUGAUAACAUAAAUACUCGCCAACAGUUUGGCCACGCCCACUUGUAUCAUCUGUGCACAACGUGGCUCCGCUUCCUUUUUAUGAACGAGGGUGAGUUUUAUAUUUUAGUUUGUUGAUGACGUUUGUCAGUGGUCCAGGUUGGAGAUGCAGAGAACUUUACAGCUGUAUUUGGUUCUGUGAGGAGCUUUGAAGGUUCUGGAAUCCAGAGUUAGGUUAUGUGGACUUUGUCUUGUUUGCUGUCUCAGUUUCUCAGCUCUUCUCCUGUAUGUGGCUGCGAUCACUGACUUUAUUGUCACAAAUGAUUUAUAACAAGCUUUGAGUUUGGCUUUAAAGCAGAGAGGAAACAGAUGGAAUCAAAGGCGCCGGUUAGAAUAAAAAAAAAAAAUUCAGAGAAAACUUUCUGAGGACGACUUCAGAGAGAAACAGUUUUAAUUUCCUGCUGGUUGUUUAUUCAGUAUUUCUACAUGUUCUCCAACUAGAACUUUGCUGUGAAACUGUCAAAUGAGAAACGUGGAAACUGAAAAACUCAGAACUGUGAUCGAGUAGCGAACAUGCUAACUGUGGCUGAUGUUUGUAAACGUCCCAACGUGGGAUUAAUAAAGUUGAGUUUCUUAUCUU